AUGGGAGCUGUCUGCACGAAGGACAAGUCGUCUACGGCGGUGAAAAACGAGAAUGUUUCAUCUUUGAAGAAGGGCAAUGAAGAUAAAGAAGAGAUCCAUGGAAAGGCAAAUUCGGAGAAUGAAGCCAUCAAGGAAAGUAAAAAGAAUGAGGAAAUGGCAACUAAGGUCAACGGACAUGCAUCCCGAAAAGACGUUGAUUUGAACAAUUUGAAAAAGUAUUCAAAGGAAGAGGUGGAAAGCAGUGAGACUUUGAUGAUUGUGGAUGGAUAUGUUGUUGAGACAGCAUCUUUUAAAGAUGAACACCCAGGUGGGUCACGAGCCAUUACUCAAUAUCGCAAAAAAGAUGCAACCCUAAUGUUCAUGUCAUCCCACAGCGAUAAGGGAGCAGAAAAGCUUCUCCAAAUAGUGGUGGGUUACGUUGAUGGGUAUCCAAAUGUGGGAGAGAAGGUGAAAGACUUGUUGUAA